UGUGUGUUUUGCUCCAGUUCGGAGCUUGUACGACGCUUGUGCUGCGUGAUCUUGCGUUGCGUCCAUUUCAGCGAUGAGUGGCGUUUUCUAGCCGCGAUAACCUGAUCGUCUCGGCUAUCGCUGUAACCAUGGUGACCGGCAUUCCCAGCCUCAACAUCAAGCAGCUCGACUGCAAGCAGGGCGCCGUGCGCGCGGUCCGCUUCAACGCCGACGGCAACUACUGCCUGAGCGGCGGCAGCGACCGCACCGUCAAACUGUGGAACCCUUUCCGAGGCUCGCUCCUACAGACGUACCUCGGCCACGCGGGUGACGUCCUCGACGUGCGCGGUUCGUGCGACAACGCGACCUUAGCGUCGGCCAGCCUCGACAAGUCCGUCGUCCUCUGGGACGUGACGACGGCCAAGAGCUCGCGAAAGUGGCGAGGCCACGCGGGCGCCGUUCAGACCGUGUGCUUCAACGAGGACUCAUCAGUCGUCAUAUCGGGCUCCAUCGACUGCAGCGUCUGCUGCUGGGACACCAGGAGUCGAGCCCGCGACCCCGUGCAGGCUCUUAAGGAGGCCCGCGACGCCGUGACCAGCGUCCUAGCCACAGACCACGAGAUCGUCACUUCGUCCCUAGACGGUUCCGUGCGUCGUUACGACCUCCGAAUGGGUAAGAUGAGCAAGGACACCCUCGGUUGCCCGGCAACGCGAGUUCAGCUGACCCGGGACGGCCUGUGCGUGCUUGUCAGUUGUCUCGGCGGCCUGCUCAGACUCCUGGACAAGACGUCGGGACAAUCGUUGCAGCAGUUCGCGGGCCACAAGAAUGCCCAGUUCUACCUUGACUGCUGUCUGAGUCAGGACGAUUCGCACGUAUAUUCGGGUUCCGAGGACGGUCAGGUUUGUUGCUGGAACCUCGUGGAAGGUUCGCUGGUUGACAGGCUGAAGCACCCGACUCAAGCGCCCGUGUCUUCGCUGUCUCAACACCCGUCCAAAGCAGUGCUGCUGACGGCGACCCGAGGACUGGUGUAUCUCUGGGGUGAGCCGGAGAGUGUUUGCAAAGACUCCGAUGCAACGACCUCCAGCAUCCAUGACACUGCCGGUCCUUCGCAACUUCGAUGAACACGUUUGAGCACAAUUGGGCUUGGCAAAGAGGUGAACCCAGCAUCCAGUGGUGUGUGUUAACACUAUGGUUCCACGACAUUAAGAAAGCAGACAGCGUUACCCACUGAAUGUACUUCAAGACCAGAACCAGUGUUGUUGCAAAAUGGCAUUUUGUGUAGUCCAACUCAUGCAACAAACUCAUUUUGCCAAUUUAGAUUUAUGAACCGUGUUUUCAUAAUCAUAUGGGUUGAGUGCUUAUUUGCCUCUCACAUUGGAGGUGUUAAUGUCCUUAGGUUCAAAUGUCAUUUAGAGCAAUGAAUUCCAUUCGAUCCAUGGUGGUACACUGGGAAAAGUAAUGUCGUAGUCCAGCGGCUGUGGUAUUGUCAUUCGAUAAUGAUGUCAACGUUGAUAAUUCAGCAAAUAAAAUGGCCAAAAACAUGAGAAAUGAAAAUAUAGUGUGGUAAAAAAGUGAUGUUAUUCAUUUGAGAAUACAUGU